UGCAAAUUCACCGUAAUUGACCGAAACAAGGGCCCACUUCCAGUGCCAACCAGGUCUUCACGGCCACAACCCCAUCAGGCCACAACCCCAUCACCAAUGAAGCACCCAUACUUCACGACUCUUUCACUACUCCCACCACCACCAUCCGCGGUGAUCGGCCCAUCGCACACGACCCACUCUCAAAACCACUAUUCAUACUAUCAUACCUUCCACCAUCAUGACAUUGGGGUUAACCUUUGAGAAUCUAUUGAUGGUUCUAGCCCUGGCUGGGGACUCUAAUAGAAAUCCCAGCCAGAAGCGUGACGAGGCCCAGUUGAAAGUCUGGGAAAUUGAGCCUGGCUACCACUCAGUGCUUCAACAAGUAUACCUAUCACACGAAGUAACGUUGGAUAAAAGGUGGCUUGCGGUUAUCCUCUUCAAGAACGGAAUUGACAAGUACUGGCGUUCCUCCAAGCAGCAUGCCAUUCGCAGGGAGGAGAAGGAACAGAUCAAAAGUAACGUGUUCAACCUGAUCAACGAGAAGAACAACCAGUUGAUGGUGCAAAACGCCCACGCUAUUUCCCGAAUUGCCAGGUUUGACUACCCCAACGAGUGGCCCAACUUGUUCCAGGACAUCUCGCAGAGCUUAAACCGGUAUAUCAUGGCAAACGACCUCGUGUCCACCAAUAAUCUUCUCAUCAUUCUCAACCGAAUUGUGAAGACGAUAUCGCUGGUGAUAAUCGGAAAGAGCAGAAGUGCGAUGCAGCAGAACACGGGCGAGCUCAUCUCUACUUUGUUCAACUUAUACAUCAAAUCCUUCCAGGAGUGGACUGAAAACUUGAACUUGGGCUUGAUGGAAAUAUGUUACUUGGCGUUGAAGAAUCUCAGAAGAAUCUUGCCGGAAACAUUUGACGUUUUAAUCGAAAACCAACAGUUCAUUGACUUCUUGGCUAUUUCUGUGGAUCAUAUGCAACUAUUAAUUGUUGAACAUGACAAGUACUCUUCGGAUCUCAUAGAAAGAUAUGUCAAAUGUUACAGUAAGCUCUAUUUGGACCUUCUUCAUGGUAAUCCCACCAAUUUUGUGCUCUUGUCUUGUUCCAAAAAAAUAUUGACAACAUAUAUAUCUUUGUUGGAACAUAAAGCUGACUUGAUUUAUCACAGUUCUGAAGAUAAUGAUUUCUGGGAGAUCUUAGCGUUGAAGGGAUUUUUAAUUUUAAAAAGAAUCAUCACCUACUUGUUCAAAAAAGGCUCAAUCAGCUUGAAGCAGAGGAACAACAAGGAACAGGUCGAUCAAUCUAUCGCAGACUUGAAACAAUUCUUUUCUCGUGAGCUCUUGCAGAACAUUUGCGAUCUUAUCAUCACAUGGUAUCUCAAAUUGAAACCCUCAGAUCUUGAAAGUUGGCAAAUUGAACCAGAGGAGUGGUUCAACGAGGAACUCUCCUCUAACUGGGAAUAUCAAAUCAGGGCAUGUGCUGAAAAUUUAUUCCAGGAUCUAAUCAAGUUCUUCAAAGACGAUCUUGGAGAUUACAUCAUUCAAAAAAUUGCCAGCUCUAUCACCACGAAUGAUUCCUUGACGGCUUCUUCACCGGAGAUCUCAGAAGAGCUCCUUGUGAGAGACUCCUUAUACUGUACGUUCCAGUUGUCUAGUUAUUCUAUCGCAGAUCAAGCCAAUUUUGAUCAGUUGUUAACUGAGAUAUUCUUACCUCAGGGUUAUGCUACAAAGAACAAAAUUAUUCAGAGAAGAAUCUGUUUGAUUUUAAACGAAUGGGUACCGGUUAAAUGCUCAAAAGAGAAUAAAAUUGAGAUUUACAAAUUGUUGAAUCACUUCCUAGCCACUUCAAAUGAUAAAAUAGUUAGAAUUUCUACAAUCCAAACCCUCAAAGUCAUUAUCAAAGAUUGGGAUUUUGUGAAAGCAGAUUUCCAGCCAUUUUUAACAGAAACUAUCAGACUAAUAAUUGAUGUACUAAGCCAAAUGCAACUAGUUGAAACAAAAUUGUUCAUUUUAGAUACCAUUUCAGUUAUCAUAGAGCAAAAUAAUCCAUUGAUUAGUCGUGAGUCUCUAUUUGAAAUCUUACUGAUGGUACCAUCUUAUUGGGAGGCUGCAUACUCUUCUACCCAGAAUGAGUCAAUCUUGAGAAACUCGUUAUUGAGAUUAUUAAAGAGUUUAGUAAUCUCGUUGAACGAAAACUCUCAUGAGGCUCAUUCCUUUAUUCUUCCAGUGAUUGCUAACUGCUGCUCUCCUACAUCUGAGGAUUAUUCAUUAUUGUCAGAGGACGGCUAUGAAUUGUGGUUGGCCAUUUUGCAGUUCAAUCAAGGAGCAGCUGAUGAUUCACUAGUCAAACUUUAUGAAUUAUUACCUUCUGCAUUGAUGAACUCUACAGAAAUUCUCCCAAUUAUCUUGUCCAUAGCCAGGAGUUAUUCUUUAUACGAUUUUCCUUUCGCUGAAUCUCCAAUCACGCAAGAGAUUCUAAAGAUUCUUGCUGGAUAUUUGCCCGCCAUGAGAGACGACUCGUUCAACAUUUUCAUAGCGUUUAUGGAUAUUUUAUUUCUCAAGUUGUCCAGCAAUGAAACAUUUAUCGAAAGCAUCAUAAGCAGUGGGUUAUUCAAGGCUAUGGCAGAAUAUGUUUUCAGUGAUAGCCAGAGCAUUCCACAGAUUAACAAGAUAUUCGUGGUGUUUUCCAGACUUAGCGCAAAUCCAGAUAUCUUCUUCAAGAUUCUUGCUCAUUUGAGCAUUGAUCCUAAGAGCUUUGUUGACUUGUGGUUGAAAAUGUACACGAACAAUGGCAAUCCAAGGAACAAGAAGAUCAACCUAAUGGGGUUAUUGAACCUGACCAGCUUUGGAGUCAUUAAUUCCAUAGCAUUGCAUGACGAACUUCUCGAAACCGUCAAGAAAACGUUCUUUUUUCUAGAAGAAGUCAACGAAAAUGAACAGGGUACCUGUGAGGCAUAUCAGCAGGACUUCAUAUAUGAAGAUAUAGAUGAUUAUUCUUAUUUGGAUCCAGACAUCAAGCCCCAUGGUGAAAAGCUCAGGUACCAGCAUUUGCUAGAUACUUGUGAUCCGCUCUACAAGACUAACCUAAAGAACUUCUUAAUCGAGGGAUUACAAAUGGUGAGACUGAAGGUGGGGGACUCAUUCUUAACAUUGGUGAAUGAUCAGUAUGUCAAGGACCAGUUGGGAUUAAACUAGAAUUUACUCUAUUUACUAGCGCAUUAUAUAGACCCAUCAAGUGAUACACUUCGAUUUGUAAUAACCGGUCUUAGUAUCACUAAACAUAUCAAUAGAGUAAUAAUGUUGUAAAUAGCUUGUUGCUUCUAUUAUUUUCGUAAUUCUGAAUUCUGAC